AUGUGGGGUGUGGUGUGGAGUGGUGGUGGGGUGCUGGGAAGAGGGGUGGGGAGACUGGGGGCCGCUCCGGGGCCGGGCCCCGCUCCCGCUGCCGGGGCCGCUGCCGCGGAGCGGAGCCGCCUGUACGAGCAUGUGCGGGAGGGGCUGAGCGCCCGGCCGCAGCUCGACGUGACCGCCCUCAGCGAGCGCGACCUGGAGCGGCGGCGCGGGCCACUAGGGGGCGCCGCGCUCCGCGAGAUCGUGCGGACGUGGUCGCGGCUGGGGAAGGUCCGCGAUGGCAUCGCCCGGCUGGAGGCCGAGAAGGGGCGCGUGGCCCAGGGGGUCCGCGAGAUCAUGGCCUCCCACGACAAGGCAGCGGCCAAGAUGCACCCGGAGCUGGCAGCGCUGCGGGAGCGGGGCCGGAGCCUCCGGGAGCAGCUUCGGGUGCUCGAGGCCGAGGAGUCUGAGCUGGAGCAGAGAUUCUACCUGGGGGCCCUGCAGCUGCCCAACAGAACCCACCCCGCUGUGGUGAGACCACCAAAAUUCACCCCAAAAUCACCCAGCCCAAGAGAACCCACCCCGCUGUGGGGGGAUCCAGGAGGAUCUGGGGGGGGGUCCCAGGGAGGGUCUGGGGGAUCGGAGUCCCCCGAUCUCCCUUUUUCCCAGGGUUUCCUGCCCAUGACGGUGCCGGACCUGCUGCGAGGAGCCGUUUUUGAGGGCUGCGGGGUCCAGCCCAGCGCUGCCCCCUCCCAAGUUUACACCAUCGACCCCGCACGCUUCGAGGAUCUGUGCCUGGCCGGGACCUCGGAGGUGGGGAUUGCAGGGUAUUUCAUGGACCACGCGGUGCAGCUGCAGGACCUGCCUGUCAGGGUGGUGUGCUCCAGCACCUGCUACCGCGCCGAGACCGACACGGGCCGCGAGCCCUGGGGGCUCUACCGCGUGCACCAGUUCACCAAGGUGGAGAUGUUCGGGGUGACGGCGGCCGAGAGCGGGACAGAGAGCGAGGAGCUGCUGGACGAGUUCCUGGGCAUCCAGAAGGAGAUUUUCUCGGAGCUGGGGCUCCAUUACCGGGUCCUGGACAUGCCCACGGAGGAGUUGGGGCUUCCCGCCUACCGCAAGUUCGACAUCGAGGCCUGGAUGCCUGGACGGGGCAAAUUUGGGGAGAUUUCCAGCGCUUCCAACUGCACUGAUUACCAGAGCCGCCGCCUGAACAUCAUGUACAGCGGGGAGGGGGGCCGGCUGAGCCACGCCCACACGGUGAACGGCACCGCCUGCGCCGUGUCGCGGAUGCUCAUCGCGCUCCUCGAGUGCAACCAGCUCCCGGACGGCCGUGUCCGGGUGCCCCCCGUGCUGCAGCCGCUGGUGGGGCGGGAGGUGCUGACCCGGCCGCCCUCCCCCCUCCUGCGCUACAUCGGCCCCAACCAGCCCGGGGGGGGCCCCCCCAAAAUGGGGCGGGGGUCCUGAGGGGAGGGGUCCCCCUGGAGGAAGCACGGAUGGAGCUGGGACAUCGCGAGACAGCGGAGACAGGAGGUGGGGCACGUGUGACAGCCCCGUGUGACAGCCCCGCCCACGGUGACAAAUCCCGGGAAUAAAACCUGGAAAUCGCCCUUGGCA